GGGCGGACUUACAUCUGAACCUGACAGCUACACUGUGGUGAAUAGCUCAAAAGAUUCAAAAAUCUGGGAGAAAGUGCCAAGAAGACAGGAGUCUAAGGUUGCGAGUGUCUGACAGUAGAUAAGCCAAAGAGCGAGAGAGAGAGAAACUUUGAAGAUGACACCUGCCAGUUUGGUGUUAGGCUGGUUCCUGCUCGCUGUGAGGACAGUCAACUCUGCUGUGUAUCUGGACCCUGAGGAAGAGGGGUCAGGGGGACAGGAUGUAUUUGUAGUACCUCUGACUCCUUCCUCUCGCCUCGAGCUGAAUGAAACUGUCCUCUGCACCAAUGACCUGAUGAAGGUGGUCAUUCCCAGUGCCUUCUUCCUCAACAAAGAGCCACCCGUUUAUGUCUGGGAUUUGCACCUAAAUGACCCGGAAUGCCGUGGUGUUGAGGUUGGAGAUGACUAUGUCUUCAGCAUCAAGACUAAUCUCUCUGACUGUGGGACGAUCAUGGCAUCAGAUGAUACACAUAUUAUGUUCAUAAACACCAUACGCAACAACCAUUUGGAUGUCGUCACAAGGAACUACAUCAACAUCACGUUCGUCUGCCGUUACCCGAUAAACUACAUGGUCCAGCAGCCCAAUGGGGAAAACGUGAUCAGAGUAGAUGUCAAGACCAUCACUCUGAACACAGAAGAUGGGAACUUCUCUGUGUCCAUGCUGCUUUAUAAAGACGAAGACUUUGAGGACAAGUGGACCACUGUGCCCUCCCUGACCCUGGACGACAACAUCUACGUUAAAGUGUUGAUGAUACCGGCUCAUCUUUUGCUGCGUGUGGAGAGAUGCUGGGCUACCCCAACCAACGACCCGUACAGCAACAUCCAGUACACCUUCAUCAAGGACAGCUGCCCCGUUUUGUCAAACGAACCGUUGACAGUGCUGAAGAAUGGACAGGGGCCAGAGGCUAUGUUCAGGAUACAAAUGUUCAAGUUCGUGGGCAGCUCUUACAAGGAUGUGUUUCUCCACUGCAAUGUUCAGAUCUGUCACAACACACUUGGGGUCUGUCAGCCUAACUGUUCUGGUGAGGAUAACAAUGGGCGGAUGAGAAGAGAUGUCACUACGGCCCAUACAGUAUCUUAUGGACCAAUCAGGCGACGUUUGCCUGAGAGUGACCAACCCAGCCUGAACUCUGGAGGUGUGCCCUCGGUGGAGACCUUUGUCCUGGGAGGCCUACUUGUGUUCCUGCUGCUGUUUACUGGAGUGUUUGGGAGGCUGUGGCUGCGAACCAGGCGCUCCUACCCAACACAGGAGGCUCAGCUCACCUUGUCCAACAUACACCACAACUCAGAGGUGGCCCGCUGAUCUAACCCAGCAGUUCAAGCAAUGAGAACUGAUAUGAACCGGUGCACGCAGACACAUGCACACAUAAACACAAAUUACAUUUCUGCAUAAGGAAAGAGGAAAGUAUGAAUUGACUGUAGGUUGGGGUGUAAAUAAAAUCUCACUGUAGAAAUUAGAGGGAUUUUGAAGAUGUAAAUGAGAACAUGUCUCUGCAAGGAGUGUUCUGUGUUGUUUUGUAGAGAAAAAUAAAGGUAUUUCAAAGA